UCGUCGCCUUGUCGGAACGCCCGCCACACCUCACGUCCAUAUAUCGGACGAAAAUGUUCGAUAAAUAUUGACCAUUGUUGUUCUAUUUAUCUUUUGGCGCCGUCAACGGAACAAUUUUUGUGCGACAUUCGUGUGGGUGUCAAAUCAAAUCGCCGGUAAUAGCUGCAGUUACGGCCGAUUGCCUAGCUGGUCGGCGUCAUCUCUAGACCGGACACGAGCUUGCACGCACGCACUCGCCACUGCCAUCGAAAGAAGACAGUCUAGAUCGGCCGGACUUUGAUAGCUGUACGAAUGAAACCCCGUCGUUGUUUCUUGUAAAAUAAACGCUAAGGUGUGAACAUCAGACGGAAUACAUCUCAUCGUUUUUGAUCUCUUUUCAAAGGACUAUAGCGCUCUCACUGCCGCAAUGGACAGUCGCGGCCGGAAAGUCAUCGUCUGUGACAACGGGACAGGGUUUGUGAAAUGUGGUUAUGCUGGCACUAAUUUCCCUGCUCAUAUAUUUCCGUCAAUGGUUGGUAGACCGAUAAUUCGUGCACACAACAAAAUUGGAGAUAUUGAAGUUAAAGAUUUGAUGAUUGGUGAUGAAGCUAGUCAGUUACGAUCCAUGUUAGAUGUCACAUAUCCAAUGGAGAAUGGAAUUGUGAGGAAUUGGGACGAUAUGUGCCAUGUUUGGGAUUACACUUUUGGACCAAAAAAGAUGAAUAUUGAUCCAAAAGAAUGUAAAAUUAUGUUGACAGAGCCUCCUAUGAAUCCAAUAAAAAAUAGAGAAAAAAUGAUAGAAGUGAUGUUUGAAAAGUAUGAAUUUAAUGCUGUUUAUGUAGCUGUUCAAGCUAUUCUAACAUUAUAUGCUCAAGGUUUGCUUAGUGGAGUAGUUGUGGAUUCUGGUGAUGGUGUUACUCACAUUUGCCCUGUUUAUGAAGAGUAUGUUUUACCACAUUUAACUCGAAGACUAGAUAUCGCAGGUCGCGAUGUCACCCGUUAUUUAAUAAAGUUGUUACUUUUAAGAGGAUACGCUUUCAAUCAUUCAGCCGAUUUUGAAACUGUAAGAAUGAUGAAAGAAAAGUUAUGUUAUGUUGCAUACAACAUUGAGACUGAACAAAAAUUAGCUUUGGAAACUACUGUUCUUGUACAGUCAUACACAUUACCAGAUGGUCGUGUUAUCAAAGUUGGCGGUGAAAGGUUUGAAGCACCUGAAGUAUUAUUCCAGCCACAUUUAAUAAAUGUUGAAGGCCAAGGUAUUGCAGAACUAGUGUUCAACACAAUCCAAACUGCUGAUAUCGAUAUGAGAACUGAAUUGUAUAAACAUAUUGUGCUCUCUGGUGGUUCAACGAUGUAUCCUGGACUACCAUCAAGACUGGAACGUGAAAUUAAACAACUUUAUGUGGAACGAGUGUUGAAAAAUGAUACAACUACCUUAUCAAAACUUAAAAUCCGUAUUGAAGAUCCGCCGUUGCGUAAAGACAUGGUGUUUAUUGGUGGAGCUGUGUUAGGUGAAGUAACCAAGGAUAGAGAAUCGUUUUGGUUAUCACGUGAAGAGUACCAGGACAGAGGAAUAUCUAUUUUGGAUAAGCUUGGGCCAAGAGCUGGAUAAAUGAUUAUCUCAAUUUAACUGAAUAUAAAAUAUAAGCAAUAAUUUUUUUUCUAAAUGAAACCCAUAUUAUAUUGAGUACCUAUAAAAAUAAUAAAUAAUGCGCUCAUAAAAAUUAAACAUUGACUCAAAAUUAACACACCUAAUAAAAAUUACACAGAUUACAUCUGUUCAUAAAUUUAUUGUUAAGAACAAACAAGCUUAAUAUUUAUUCUAUGAAACACUUAAUUCCAAUUUAAAAUUUGCUAUAUAUUGAGAAAGAAAUAAGAAUUUGUAUUCUUUUCUUUAGAUGAGUUUUAUGUUUUUAAAUGGGUGCAUUAUAAUAUAUUAUUGUUAUAUUGUUUAUAUUUUUUUAAUUAAUAUUAUUUUUACUUACCAUCAAAUCCACUUUAUGUUUAAGUUAAAUAUUAACCUGAAUAGAAUUUCUAUUUGUACUAAUUUAUACUAUAUAAUUCAAUAUAAUUGGAACACCAAAUACCAAUAUACGUUUUUUCUACGAUA